CUCCUGUUAUUAUAGAACUCAAUGAGCGUCAUCGCACGUGUAGUGUAGCAAACUUUCAAGUCAAAUGGCGUCGCUGGAAAGGCAAUAUUUUUGGGGAUGCACCUUGAGCAAAGACAAACAAGAAUACAAAUGGCUUGGCGUCGAUGAUAAAGAUGUCACAGGAGAAGUUGACAUUGUGAACCAACUGGUGCUCAGUCAGGCUGUUCGUGGACCCAAAGCAAGAGAUGGCCCACAUGUCGUGCAAGUUACCACAAGUGGUAUUAAUAAUGAUGUAAUUACGCAGCCAAUCAUUGUUAUAAGUCCUGGUGUUAAUCAGGUUCAAUGUCGCUUAGAAUUUUCAACGGAAGCAACCUUCAAACUUGUUGAAGGAAAUGGUCCAAUUCAUCUGUGUGGGAGUCACGUUCAAGUUUUAGUGGGAGGAGAUGAUGACGAUGAUAGUGACGAUCAAGACGAUGAGCACUCAGACCAAAUUCUGGCACCUCCAAAACGUUCGCCCGUAAAAGAAAAACGGUCUCCAUCAACAAAAAAACAAGCAGGACCUCCUUCUAAAAAGGCUCGGUUGGAAAACGGCGAAGAUAAAUCGAAAUCAAAGUCAAAGAAGACUGCUGCCAAGGCUGAUGCAAGCGAUGAAGAGGAAGAUUCUGGAGAUGAUGAUGAGGAUGAUGACGAUGACGAUUUCGAUCCUGAUAGUAAUGACGAUGAGGAGGUUGAUGACGAUGAUGAUGAAGAAGAUGACGAAGACGACGAUGACGAUGACGAUGAUGACGAAGAUGAUGAUGACGAUGAUGAUGAUGACAAUGAGGACGACAGUGACGAAGAGCUAGUGUCGCCUAAUGCUAAAGGAAAAACCCAACCACAAACUUUGAAAAAUUCAUCUAAGAAAGCUGGCACGCCGAAGAUAUCGCCUGGAAAAGACAAGAAUUCGAAAUCCAUAACGCCGAAAAAAGGGCAGACCCCACAGAAGGUGGAUGCUUCAGUCAAACUUCCCAAAACUCCCGACCUGAAUGCAGUCAAGCAAAAACUUCUAAAGUCGCCCAACCUCCCGAGGAAAAUAGAAAAAUUCAAAAAUUUUAUGAAAACGAAUAUGAGAAUUACAGAUGAUGCGACUGUGAAAGAUCUGUGGUCUUUCGUACAAGCGAACAAGAAAUGAAACUCUUGCUCGUGGCUGUCAACAGUUCGUUGCCUAAAGUUUGUAAUUUCGUGGAAACUGAUCACCGCAAAAUAUUCGUGCAAUUGUAGUCCAAGAAAGAUUACACACUUUCAAUAAAUAUACGUAUAUUUACAAA